AUGCAAACACAGGCAAUGCCUGUUUAUACAAAAAAGAGAAAGACUUAUCAACAACAACAACAACAACAACAACAACAACCAUUGUUACGACCACAGCAACGGGAUCCUCCUUUUGAUCCAUUAAAACCAUCUGUUUCUACAGAAGAAACCGAACUCUUUGAUCGAAUUAAAAAGUACAUUGGCAAUAAGCCCUCUCAUGACGAGUUUCUCAAAAUCAUUCAUUUGUAUACCCUUCAUAUCCUUGAUGCAGAUCAACUCAUACAACACGUUGAGCCUUUCCUAGAUCAAGAGCUUUUAGAUGCUUUCAAACACGUUCUUGGUUAUGAAUCAAAGGAAAAGACAAUCGAAAAGCCUGGCUAUUCUGCUGUCAAGCCUGAUCUAAAUCACUGUGAAGCUGUAGAAGAAAGCCCAAGCUAUCGCAUUGUGCCCAAAGAGUGGCAGAAUCAACCUUGUUCAGGCAGGGAUCAGCUCUGUUGGGAGGUAUUGAACGAUGAAUACGUAUCGCACCCUCGAUGGGCAAGUGAAGAUAGCGGAUUCACGGCGUCCAAAAAGAACCCUUAUGAAGAAGCAAUGCAUCGAUGUGAAGAAGAAAGAUAUGAUUUUGAUUUGAAUAUCGAAGCUAAUUUAAAUAUCAUUGCUCUAUUGGAGCCCAUCGCUCAAAGAAUAGAAGCAAUGACGGACGAAGAAAAAGACACAUUUCAGCUCAAACCUGGACUGGGUGGACAAACUGUGUCUAUUUAUGAACGAAUUAUCAAAAAGAUAUAUGAUCGAGAAACAGCGCUGGAGAUCCUUGACUUGAUCUACAGUCGACCAGCUGCUGUCGUACCUGUGUUAUUGAAGCGACUGAAACAAAAGGACGAAGAGUGGAAGCGAAUUCAGAGAGAAUGGAAUAAGCAAUGGCGUGAGCAGGACAGCAAGAAUUUUUAUAAGUCAUUAGAUUAUCAAGGCAACACGUUCAAGAGCAAUGAUCGUAAGUCAUUAUCGGUCAAAGCAAUGAUGGCAGAAGUUGAACAGCAUAAGCAAUUUAAGUUUGAACCUUCUGACUGCACUGUGAUUAAGGAUAUGGUGCGACUCGUUUUGUUUUAUCUCAGGCGACAGAAUGGAUUUACAAAACGCGAUAAACGAAAAAUACGCAGUUUUCUGUGCACUUUUAUACCUAGCUUUUUCCAGUUUGACCAGGAUCUGUUGACAAGAGAACAAUUUGCUUAUUUCACUGAAGACGAAGAAGAGGAACCAUCAGAGGAAGAGCAGACGGACGAAGAACAUCAGGAAGAGUUACCAAUGCCUAAUGAUGACGAGAUCAUAGAUAAAACGAGCCAACAAGUGGAUGUACAGACACAAAUUAUAAAACUGACUUGUCCUCGAUGUGAUGUAAAGGAUAACUCAAGCGACGGUCAUUUCCUUUGUAACAUACAUGUAUAUUGCUUCUUCCGAUUAUUCCAAAUACUUUACGAACGACUUCAUAAACUCAAGUUAUUGAGUGACGAGAAUCCUCGACGAUUACAAAAAAAAUUGAAUCAGACAGCCGUUGAACUAGAUUUGUAUUCUAAUCGUUAUGAAGAUAUCGAUUUAUCCAAGGGAUGUUAUCAUGCAUUAUUAGAACACAUUGAAAAAUUCUUGGAUAAUGAAAUAGAUCAAGCCACCUUUGAGGAAAAUGCAAGAUAUAUAUUUGGUAUUGAUGCAUAUAUCACAUUUACUAUUGAUAAAGUACUUCACUUUUUUAUAAAGCAGAUCCAAACGAUUGUGUUGGAUAAAAAAUCCAAUGAGAUAUUGAGACCGAGAUCAGAAGGCGUACAUAAUGAAUCGUCUGAAGACGAUGUAUAUAAUAUUAUUUUCGAUAAACAUACCCGCAAGACUACCAUUCAACUCUUAGAUAAACAAAAACUAGAACAUGACAAAGCAUAUAAUAAGUAUAUAUCAAAUUAUCUCACUUGGGAACGUGAUACCGGAGAUGUUCAGGAUGUGAAAACUCCAUUUUUAAAAAGGUAAACCAUUUCCCUUCUUCUUUUUCUUUAGCUAUGUGGGCAUGUAUUGACGGCACUUUGUAGGAAUAUUACAACACGGCAAAAAGAUCAAUUGAUUGUCCGUCCAUUUCUUGAAUACAAGAUACACAGACAAACCUAUCAUAUGAGCUUUAAGAGGCAAACGGAAGAUAUUUUAUAUAUAAGAAAAUAAUAAAAAGCAGCUUUAUAUAACCCAAA